UUGUAAGGUAACAAAAUGGAGUGUUGUAGCAGACCUAAUAGGAGCGAUGAGCACUUAUCACUGGAAGAGGAGACUAGAAUGGAGGAGCAGACCAGGGAAUACUUCCAUGACAAAGCACCUAAACGUCACACUAAGCCUCAACGAAGCGAGUAUUCUUCCAACUAUGUCGAUGCUGUCGCCGCCGGCGAUAUCACCGAAUACCUCGAGUUUCAGCGUUUGGAGAAUGAUCCCCAGAAAAUAGUGUACAAUGGAAGUGAAGUGCGAGACGAAUUCGUGGAGACUGAAUAUUAUAAGGAUCUCAAUUGUGUUGACAAACACCACCACACGACGGGAACGGGUUUCAUAAAAGUAGACAACACAAAUGGCAGAAACUUUAGUUUAGAACCAGAUUCAGAUACCAGUUGCCACACCUCUUGUAAGGGAAACCCGGCAACCAACGACUGGAUUCCAGCUGCUUCAGAUGCGGUUUAUUCGGCUUCAGAUAAGCCUAACAGGAGUGAUAAUUGAAUUGGGUGAACCGUCAGCGUUUUUCUAUUGUGUUUAGAUGUUGAAAACAAUUGUCAUUCAC